AUGAUUGCUGGAGGAUUUGCAGGAGGAAGAGUAACAAAAUCCUCCCACAAGAGACACUUGAAAGAAGUCUACCAGGUUAAUGAGGAAGCUGAAACACCCGACCUACCUGCAAUCACCUUUACAAAAGAAGUUGCCCAAGGGGUAUCACUCGGACAAGAUGACCCUGUCGUGAUCACGAUGAUACUUGCUAAUGCAAACCUCCAUAGAACCUUGGUAGAUCAAGAGAAAACAUCCUUUAUCACUCCUAAGGCAGACUACUGCUACGUGGUAAUGCCAUUUGGGUUGAAAAAUGUUGUGACCACUUAUCAACAGCUAAUGAACAAGGUGUUCUCACCUCACCUUGGAAAAUUGAUGGAUUUUUACAAGGACAACAUGCUUGUCAAGACCAAGGAAGAAACUAGCUUGCUGCUCAACCUCACAGAAGUAUUUAGCACGAUAAGACAGCGCGGGAAGAAACUAGCUUGCUGUCCAAUCUCACAAAGUGCACCUUUGUAG